UCACUUCCGCAUGCAGUCAUCCUGUCAUCAUAAAUCUGUCACACCGUCAGCAAUCGGAAUCGACAAUCGGCACUUUUUAAAACUUAGGAUUUCGUCAUAUCAAUAGCAAUAACACCAUAAAAUCGUUGUAUGAAUUAAAAUCUUUUUUCUAAGUUUUCGUAUUUCACGUUGCUAUCACAAUGGUUCUCGACUUAGACUUAUUUCGUGCGGACAAGGAUGGAAACCCAGAUAAAAUUCGCGAAAAUCAGCGAAAACGUUUUAAAGAUGUUGCUUUGGUAGACACUGUAGUUGAACAAGAUACCUUAUGGAGGAAACUACGACACGAUGCUGAUAACUUAAACAAAUUAAAAAAUGUGUGCAGCAAAGAAAUUGGUCAAAAAAUGAAAACUAAAGAGCCAGUUGGUCCUGAAGAUGAACCUGUACCACAGGAAGUAUCAGAUAACCUAAUAAUCUUGACCGGUGAACAGCUGAGACCUUUAACAGUUAAUCAGAUUAAAAAGGUGAGACUACUUAUUGAUGAAGCUAUAACAAAUAAUGAGCAAGCUCUCAUAGCAGCUGAAAAGGCUCGUUCUGUGGCUCUCAGGGAAGUUGGUAACCAUUUACAUGAAUCUGUGCCAGUAGAUGAUGAUGAAGACCACAAUGCCAUUGAAAGAACUUUCGGAGACUGUACUGUUAAACAGAAAUAUUCUCAUGUGGACCUUAUUUGUAUGAUAGAUGGUAUGGAUGGUGAAAGAGGAACAGCAGUAGCUGGUGGGCGCGGUUACUAUCUUAAGGGCCCUGCGGUGUUUUUAGAACAAGCCCUUGUUCAGCUAUCACUGAGGAUAUUGUUAAAUCGUGGAUAUACACCUUUGUACACACCAUUCUUCAUGAGAAAAGAGGUGAUGCAAGAAGUUGCACAGUUGGCUCAAUUUGAUGAAGAACUUUACAAAGUGAUCGGCAAAGGAUCUGAAAACAAAGGUGACAAUGUUGUAGAGGAAAAAUAUCUCAUUGCUACUUCUGAACAACCUAUUGCUGCUUAUCAUAGAGAUGAGUGGCUUCCUGAAUCCUCUUUACCCAUCAGGUACGCAGGUCUAUCAACUUGUUUCCGUCAAGAAGUUGGAUCCCACGGUCGAGAUACUAGAGGCAUUUUCAGAGUUCAUCAGUUUGAAAAGGUGGAACAAUUUGUCCUGACAUCUCCCCAUGAUAAUGCAUCUUGGAAAAUGAUGGAUGAGAUGAUCAAUAAUGCUGAAGAGUUUUGUAAGACUCUAGGAAUUCCCUAUCGUAUUGUGAACAUUGUGUCCGGAGCACUUAACCAUGCUGCAGCAAAGAAACUGGAUUUGGAAGCAUGGUUCCCAGGUUCUGGUGCCUUCCGUGAGCUGGUUUCCUGCAGUAACUGUCUAGAAUACCAAGCUAGACGACUGCUUGUGAGAUACGGACAAACAAAGAAAAUGAAUGCUGCCACAGAAUACGUACACAUGCUGAAUGCAACUAUGUGUGCAACAACAAGAGUUAUCUGUGCACUUCUUGAGGUUCACCAGACCGAAGAAGGAAUAAAGGUACCUGAAGCCUUAAAACCCUGGAUGCCUGAACAGUAUCGAGAACUUAUACCAUUUGUGAAACCAGCACCUAUAGAUGUUGAAGCUGCUGCCGCUGCAGCAAAGAAAGGAAAAAAGCAAAAUGAGAAAAAAUAAUCAAAUUACAAGAAUAUAAACUGCUUUGAGAGCAUUAAUUUAUUUCUAUGCUAAGCUUUAAACUUCAUACAUGUUUGUCAUAUGUUCUGAAUUAUUUUAUUAAAAAUGUCUCACAU